AUGUCUUAUGCUCCACCUUACGGCGAUCCUUACGCUCGCCCUCCCCCAGACCGUCCAUACGACCCCUACGGGCGCCCACCUUCUGAUCCGUAUGCACGCCCUCCCCAAGAUGGAUAUGACCGCCCCUACGACGGAGGUCGUCCAGCAUAUGACCGGGGCCCAUACAGUGCACCCCCGCCUUUAGCCCGUCCCCCUCCAGGUCCCCCGCCUCCCCUGCCACAGGGCUGGGUCCAGGAAUGGGAGCCCAAUACCCGUCGCGCAUUCUUCGUAGAACAGGCCACUGGUCGCUCCCAGUGGGAGACGCCUUACCAACAGCCCGCAUACUCUGGGUACGAUGAUGGUUCUCGCAGCGUUCCUCCUCCCGAGCCUCAGGGUGGAUACUAUGCGCCUCCCCAGGGCCCUCCACCUGUGCCUUACGAUGAUCGUAGCCCUGGCUACUAUCAGCAGCAGGAGCCAGAGAAGAAGAGCAGCAAUACUGGGAAGUAUCUCGCAGCCGGUGCUGCUGGCUUGGCUGUCGGUGGUAUUGCCGGUGCUGUCAUUGGACAUGAGCUUGGCGAGGACUCGGACAAAUCAGAUAUCGAAGAAGCUUACGAGCAGGGCCGCGAGGAUGAACAGGAGGCACAAGAGGCCUAUGAGUCCGAUCACAGUGAUUGA